AUGGGUUCUGUGCUGCAGCGGCGCGGCCGGAUCCGAUACAUUGGGCAUCCCCUGGUUGUCCCCCUCGUUGUCCCCCUGGUGGACUGGGUUUGUGCUGGGCAGACUGGGGCUGUACUGGUCACACUGGUGCCAUAUACCUUCUGCCCCCCCGCUACCACAGGGGUGACAGCCCGGCUGUGGGGCAGCCGCUCACACUGCGCUGGGCACCUGCAGCUCCAAUCUGGGGGGAUGUGGGGCUCGGUUUGCGCCGAGGGCUGGGACCAGGCGGCCUCCCGGGUGCUGUGCCGCCAGCUGGGCUGCGGCCGCCCGCGCCUCGUCCCGGCACCCUGCAGCCCUGAGGCAGCCGGAGCUUCCCCCGCGGUGCUGCAGCGGGUGCAGUGCACCGGGCAGGAGCCGACCCUGGAGCACUGCGACCUCCAGCCAGGGCACCCAUCGUCCUGUCCCACAGAUUGGGUGGCCACCGUCGAGUGUGAGGAACCCUUCCAGCUGCGGUCGGUGGGUGGCCCUGGGCGCUGCGCCGGGCGGUUGGAGGUGAACCGUGCCGGGCAGUGGGGCACGGUCUGUGAUGACGGCUGGAGCGGGACCAACUCAGCGGUGGUUUGCCGGGAGCUGGGCUGCGGGGCGGCAGGGAAAGUCGGUGACCUGCCACGGGGAUGACCCCGCUUCGGGCCUGGUGCUGGGCGCAUCUGGCUGGAUGACGUCCGCUGCCGGGGUCAGGAGUGGACCCUGCGGGACUGUGCCCACCGUGCCUGGGGACACCACGACUGCACCCACCAGGAGGACAUCGGCGUGGUCUGCCAGGAUGCCUGAGUGCUGCAGCUCUGCCCCCGGACAGCCCCCAGUCUCAACAGCCACCCUGUCCCCCUGCUGAGCAUCCCUCCUGCAUCACUCCCCAGGCAGCCUCUGGCCCCAUGGGGGACCCCACGCACAGCACCCCCCAGGAGGC